GUGUUAAACUAUUUUUUGCUUCGAUGAUUGACAUUUAAUAAGUGUUACAAAAAGGGAUGAAUAAAUGAGCACGUUUUUUUUGUCUUGCAAUUAAUGAUAGAGAUAUUAAUAAUAAUUCGAACUAUAAAUAACGAUUACGUGACAGAUUUUCAAAAAUUCAAGAUCACGAUUCUUAAUUCAGUUCUUUUAACUCGAAUAAGAUCCAAGAUAUCUUUUUUUACUUUAGGUUAGACUAUAAUUUUAGAUUUGGAAAUAUAUGUAUAUUGAUUGAUAAUUGAAGGUGAUCAAAGGGCAAUUCUCUCUCUCUCUUCCAUUCGAUUCCAACACAAAGGCUUUAUUUUUGUUUAUUACGAGAAAUAUAGAUUAUACUCUUCUGAUAUACGCGAGGUCUAUCAGAGAAGCGAAAACGAUAUGUAUCGAACUCGUAUAGUAAUCGAGUUACCCACUAUACGGAUGUUAGCCGCAAUGCCACCGGAUAAGCGAAAACAAGAGUUAAAAAGUACCAUAUUACCAAUACUAAGGCGUGUAUAUCCGCGACAUUAUUGUCAUAUUCUCGAGUUGCUAUUUGCUAUUAAUGGGAUUGAUGAAUGGUUUUCUAUACUGAAACACUUAUUAUCCUCUAAGCGGAGCGGCUCGGCAGCUGUAGCUUUGCUUGAAACCUAUCAUAACAAGAGGAAAUUGGCGUAGAACAGAGAUGUUCGAUUUGUGAUUUGUUUUAAAUAUCCAAUAAAUGUCUUAUCAUGAAUACGAAAAUGUCACGAGACGCACAACUUGCUCGGAAAUCGAGGAAUCGCAUCAAGAUCCGUGAGACUUUUGAAUUGGGACCACUGUCGUUGUUCAUCGAUCGAUCCACGCUCUUCCACGCGGUCAGUAACUAUAUAUGAAUAUAUACUCCCGCACCUGUCCUGGCGUGCACUCGUUCCUAAUAGCAACGAGCAGUUGGUGGACGACUCUUUCUACGCGACAGGGACGAGUCAUCGCAAGUCAUAUUAAUACCAAUAAUAACGAGAGAACUAUGCAGCGAGAACGGAGAAUUAUUCUGUUUGGUGUCCACAACCAGACAAUGGUGAAUUUGUCAUCUUCGUGAUUGCCAACGAUCGAUUCGUUCAAGUGGAACACACGCACGCGAUGCCUUUUCUCGCACGACCUUGUUCCUUUUAACGCGAUAGAAAAGUCAUCACAAAGAGAUUGUAAAAGAUGGCUAAGUCCGCCGAAUCGAGGGGCAGGAAAUUGAUGAGAUCGCGCCACGUAUCGUCCUUCUUGGAGGAGUCGACGGAGAGCGCGACCUCGCCGCCGAAGACGACGAUGAGCGUCGUUGUGGAUGUCCACAACGAAAAUUUGACGAACCGCCAACAACGGGACCACGAGAAUAAUGGUCUCGAACUUUCGAAUGAUAAGGAGACCAAAGAAUCGUCUCAGAGCUCGAAAGUUUCCUCGCGAGCGAGCGAAAAGUCUCGGAAUCGAUCGGCUGAUCGCGGAACGAGAAGCAGAAGGUCCUCGAAAGACCGUCCCCGUCGGUCGCAUGACGAGGAGGUGAUGACGAUGGUAUCAUUGGAUCUGAUAGAAGAAUCUGGCAACAGGAAGGAUUCUCUCGAAGAAAAACCGCGCCGUAGGAAGCAAUGGACCGAUGCUGCGACGAACGAGACAGAGAUAAUGGACUCGAAGAAACCAGCGCGGAAACGUUGGUCCAAGGACACCGGGGUCAUCCGGCUUCCGGAGACGAGCGAUGAUGCGUCUCCGUUGAUCCACGAUUCUCGACGUAAAGUUCCGGUUCCGGCGCCGCGACGCAGCAACGCAACAACCCAACAAGUUUUUGAUAAUCCCGCGUUCGUGUCCGAGGACGAAGUGCUCCGGAUUGAGACCGAUCACAAUCGCGAGAGCACCAGGAUCGAGAUGGGGAGAAUGAGAAGCGAUCGCUCCAACGUCGAGGAGGCUGGUUCAACGUCCGGCUCUUCCAGAAAGCAACGACAAAGCGAACGACGUACGCCGAUGAGCGGCGACAGUCAAUCUUCAAGAACAAGAUCUUUGAACAGUCGAAGAAAGAACAGCGCCGAGGAAGCGGAUUCAUCAAUGAGUCUGGGGAAAGUCACCGACGAGCUUCGAUCGAGCUCGAUGACUUCCGAAGAUCGAACAACGACGGGCGGUGACGGGAGACUUCAACCGGAAGCGACGACGAAGCGAGAUCGAGCGUCGAGAGGAGGAGAGCGAUCGUUGUUCGAAAAGAAGAAGCUUUUUGUCGAUGACGAAGUCCGGGUUUCGUCAGCCACGAUCGGUUCGACGGUCAAAAAAAAGAAGAGGAAGAAACGCAAACAGGAGAAGGAAGAAACGAGAAAGGAGGAGCAAAGAUACAUCUCUGUAACGAUUCAUCGAGCAGAUGUGCUCGAAGCCGACUACGCGAACGUGAAACGACCGAUGGUGAUGGUCCACAUCGUGGAUGCACGCACCGGCUCGUACUUGAAGAACAGCAACACGUAUCUUCGGCCGUUGAUCACCGGUAAAUUCGACUUCAGGGAGAACAGAUCGAUGAUACCAGUCUGGGAAGAGGAGCUCGUCUUCGAGCACGACUUUGAUGCCAUCGUGAAACGCGAGGAUGGCGAUCGAACGGUGAUCCUUUUCGAAGUGAUAGACCUCCUGAGUUUCGCCGAAGCGAGCCUCGGCUACGAUAGAGUCGGUAGCGAAGGAUGCUGGAAUAAAAUCGCUUGGGCGUUUCUUAAACCCGUUGGAACCAACAAUAUUCUUCAUACGAAUAAGAAAGUGCGACUGCAGCUUUACAGACCUAGACGAAGCUCCAAGAGAUACGGGAAACACACAUGCGAGGUCUACACGUGGUGGCAGUCGAACAAUAGAGACAAGUAUCCGAGCAGUCUUCUGGUGACAGUGAAGUCAGUCCUAGCAUCGAAACAAGAAUCUGUGCUCUAUCAGCAAUUGCCACUAAAUGAUCUCCUCGACGACGCGCGAGAAAACGACGAUUCGCGGAGGAGACUCUCGACGGAACGUCGCACGUCGGACUCGACGAUAGGUCUCCCGAAAUGGGCCCGACUGGCUGCCCAGUCUUGCAAGAUCCCGAACGAGAAAAUGUUUGAGACGGAGGCGAGCGAGAACGGCUCUUUCUACAUUGCCUUCAGCAACGAUGGCAAGUAUCUGGCCUGCGUCCAUUCCGAGGAGUACGAUUAUCCGAUUGUCGUUUACGAGGUCGAAACCAGCAAAAUCCAUGUUCGAUUUCUCGGCCACAAAACUUUCGUGUACUCUCUAAAUUGGUCCAACGACGAUUAUCACCUGUUGUCGGCGUCGGCGGAUCAAACGGCGCGUAUCUGGGACAUUCGCAACCAAAUAGUGCAACACAUCGAGAUGCUGCCGCAUCCUUCGUACGUUUAUUGCGCCAGGUACGCUCCCGGCAAGAUGACGAUCGUGGUAACAGGAUGUUACGAUGGAGUAGCUCGUAUCUGGGCAAACGAGAAUGGAAAGUCGACGAAGCGAGAGCUGAGCCAAGAGUUGGAGGGACACGAGGGUUUCGUCAACUCCAUGGUUUUUCAAAAAAAUGGUAACUUAAUUACGGCCGACAGUGUAGGAGCGAUAAUCCUUUGGACGGUUCGCCGAAACAGUAGGAUGUCAGCCAGAAGAGAGUGGUAUGUCGCAAGGAAGAUAAAGCUUCCCGAAAUUGAGGGAAUUGUCAUCAACACAAUCGUUUUGCAUCCCCUCGAAUCCAGACUUCUCGUGCACUCGAGAGACAAUGGUCUAAGAAUGAUGGAUCUCGCGACCGGCGUGGUCUUACGAAUGUACAAACAGCUGAACAAUCAAAGGAUACAAUUGAGAGCCUGUAUAUCUCCCUGCGGUGGUUUGAUCUUGUGUGGCGGAGAGGAUUCCGUACUAAACAUCUGGAACUUGGAAACCGGUAAACACAUAGCCAAAUACACAAAUGACGGGUGUAGCUCAUCCAGGACAGUCAUUACCUGCGUAGAUUAUCAUCCCUACGAUCAUAUAUUGGCAUUCUCAACAUUCGGCAAUCCGACGUCGGUUCGUGUCUUGAGAUUCAAUAAGAACGCGAGUGGCAGUAAUGUUGGAUUGAAUCUUCUUACGAAGGAUGAUGCGUUGCGGACAUACAAUAACGAGAUCAUCAUGAAUGUCUCGGAGCAUCCAUUGUCUCGACAGCACAAAUCUAGCGGUGAUACGACAGCGAGAAAAGAAAUCUCGUCUUCUCGUCCCGCAAACGAUCACAUGAUGAUCCAGAUUGAAAACGAUGAUGGUGAGCGACCAUGGACGACCCUCCGCCGCUUGAAAGAAAUGGAACGAUGCUGGAAGGAGAGGAGCCGCAAUCGCUUGCACUGUAUUAUUGAAAAAAUCGAUUCGAUGCUGUCCAAGAGUUCAAUGUUUUUUGAAGAUGAAGGUGAACGGGUUUCCAGUCGAAUAAAUGAGCGUCGCUGUUCUUGGAUCCAAGCGAAUACCAGCAUGUCCGGUAACAUUGUUCCUAAAGAAGACAUACUGCUUCAAGAUAGUAGCGCUGCAAAUUCCAUUAAACAUCACCGGGGAGAUCCUAAAGAUAGCAAUGCACGGUCCAGCUCAACGAGUCGCUCCAAGAGCCAAAAUGAUUCGUUCGAUUUUCGCAACUCGAUUUCAGUUUCGCUUGAAAGAACGAACGCGCUCGAAUUAAGUUCUUCGGACAGUACCGGCACUUACGUCGUAGAAAUGCCGGAUUUAAAUGAAAAUGCUGACAAAGUUGAAGUCAUAGCCGAAAAGAUGGAUUCGACUCGAUUGAGCGACAGUUCGUUAGCCAGCAAUGUAACAUUUAUCAUAGAGAACGAGCGAACAUGAAUUUUUUUUUUCAUUUUUGUGUAUUAGCUUUUUCUUCAAUAUAAAGUGACAAUGCGUGCUAUCUCUAUCGUGUGGCGUGCACGAUAAUAUUUUAAUUAUACAAAUAAUAUGAAGGUAUAAAAUGUGUGUGGUAUCGAAAAUUAUUGUACAUAAAUUUUAUUUUAUAUGUUGUAUAAUUCUAUCUUGCUUUCUUCAAAGUUUUAGAUAAAUAAAAAAAUAAAAAUAUUUAUCUGUUACAAAUAAACCUCGCAAGAAUUUCUAACAAUACGCUUAUAGUAUGGCAAUAAAGUAAAUAAUUCCAAUUUAGAACCACGUAGUGGAAGCAAUUAAUCAUAUGAUAUUCAAACAUGUGUAAUAUCUGUAUAUCAUGUAUUAUGUAUGUAUAUACUACGUAUGGAAUGUCGUUAUAUUCAGUUAAUUAUACACAGCCAAUCUUUGUCGUUAGACAAUAUCAUACUGUUCUGUUUAAUAACAUGAAACAAUCGUGCUAAGUUAAACAACGACAAAGAAAUUUAAAAGAACAUAACGUAAUAGUUUUGCUAAGGAAUACUUGACAUGAAUAAUAAUAAUAUAUUAUAUAAUAUAAUAUUUCCAAAAAUAUACAACAUAUUUAAUAAAACUUGGCUUCUAAGUAAACUUUACGCACAUUAUAACUUCAACAGCAAUACAUCUGUCUAACUGUGCGACAACAAAAAUGUAAUUGAUAAGGAAGAACUAUAAACAGUAGAAGCCGAAGGAAAAAUAACAUAUCUAUGUUAUAAACAUAAGAACUUUUAAACGAAUAAAACUUCACCGCUAUUCGCGUUAUAAUCGUAA